AUGAUGUUAUAUAAGUUAGUCGUUCUUGGGGACGGUGGUGUUGGAAAGACGGCCCUUACAAUCCAGGUUAGUAGAGUAGACCAGCGAGUCCAACAUUUAAUCAAAGUUUGGCUUACCGAAAUUUUUUUUCAAUUGCCUGAACAUGUUAACGCGAUGACAUAUGACCCCACAAUUGAAGAUUCAUAUCGAAAACAAGUAGUUAUUGAUGACCAUCCCUGCGUACUAGAAGUACUGGAUACCGCCGGACAAGAUGGUGAAGGUUUUCUUCUAGUUUAUUCCAUAUCUUCGCGAUCCACAUUCGAACGUGUAGAACGAUUUCAUGAUCAAAUUAUUAGGGUAAAAGAUAAUGAACCAGUUCCGCUUAUGCUUGUUGGUAAUAAAUGUGAUAAAAUUACUGAACGAGAGGUCUCACGAGAAGAAGGAAUGAAUAUGGCAAGAAGACUCAAAUGUGAUUUCAUUGAAAGUUCCGCAAAGACAUGUGUAAACGUGGAAAGAGCGUUUUACGGAGUGGUUAAAAUGAUAAGGCAAAACAGAGAGGGCGGAAAAGAUAGCAGAAGGAGUAAGAAGAAAGCAAAGUGUGCAAUUUUAUAA